AUGCCUAGCCUGGUAGUGUCAGGGAUAAUGGAAAGGAACGGGGGCUUCGGGGACCUGGGCUGUUUCCCGGGGAGCAGCAAGGACAGGGCGCUGCUGGAGGACGACCGGGCGCUGCAGCUGGCCCUCGACCAGCUCUGCCUGCUGGGCUUGGGGGAGCCCUCGCCGCAGCAGCCCGCGCCGCCGCCAGCCCCCAAAGGCUCCUCGGGGGCGGCCCUCCCGCCGCCGCCGCCGCCGCCGCCGCCGCCGCCCGGCGCCCCCGAGGCCGGCAAGCUCUGCGUCCUGUACAAAGAAGCCGAGCUGCGGCUGAAGAGCAGCUCCAACACCACCGAGUGCGUCCCGGUGCCCAGCUCCGAGCACGUGGCCGAGAUCGUGGGCAGGCAAGGUUGCAAAAUCAAAGCUCUGAGAGCAAAGACCAACACCUACAUCAAGACUCCAGUCCGCGGCGAAGAGCCCGUCUUCAUGGUGACGGGGCGGCGGGAGGACGUGGCCAUGGCCAGGAGGGAAAUUAUUUCGGCAGCUGAGCAUUUCUCCAUGAUCCGGGCAUCUCGCAACAAGGCCGGCCCCGCCUUCGGCAGCGCCCCCACCUUGCCAGGACAGGUCACCAUCCGGGUCCGGGUCCCCUACCGCGUCGUUGGCUUAGUGGUGGGUCCCAAAGGAGCCACCAUCAAGCGGAUCCAGCAGCAGACCAACACCUACAUCAUCACGCCCAGCCGUGACCGGGACCCCGUCUUUGAGAUCACCGGGGCCCCAGGCAACGUGGAGCGAGCCCGAGAGGAAAUCGAAACCCACAUAGCUGUCCGGACAGGCAAGAUCCUAGAAUACAACAACGAGAAUGACUUCCUGUCUAGCAGUCCCGACUCGGGCAUGGAGAACCGCUACUCGGAGGCCUGGCGGGUCCACACUCCGGCCCCCGGCUGCAAACCCUUGUCCACCUUCCGCCAGAACAGCCUCGGGUGCAUUGGCGACUGCUCCAUGGAUCCGGCCUACGAGACACCGCGGCUGAAUGACCAAAACGACUUCAAUUACAGUUACCUCUUCCCGAACUACGGGGUCAACAAGCAAGACCUGUAUUACGGCGUCCCCGAGUCGGGCACUCCCCUGUGGGCUGGCCAGGAGAACACGAAUCCUGUCUCCGUGCUGUUCUCCAAGCAGCGCUCCGGCAGCGCAGGCGCAGUCCACCCCAACUCACACCGCUCCCCCUCCUCGUCGAUGCAAGAGCCCCCCCUCUCCGGGCUUCCGAGAAGGUCUCAGGGGGAGCCCUUGCAAGGGUUUUCCAAGCUGGGCGCUUCCGCCACCACCCGGACGUCCCUCUCAAGCAGCCGGGAGUGCAUGGUGUGCUUCGAAAGCGAGGUGACGGCAGCCCUGGUCCCCUGCGGUCACAAUCUCUUCUGCAUGGAGUGCGCCGUGCGGAUCUGCGAGCGGACCGACCCCGAGUGCCCGGUGUGCCACGCAGCAGCUACUCAGGCGAUCAGGAUAUUUUCGUAA